AUUAAAGGGAGUUGUUGGAAUUUCCUACUUGUACAGGCACAGCAGAAGAGAGAGAUCCAUGGACAAGACAAUGCCAGAGAACUGGCUGUAUUACAAUUAAUUUUGUCCAUGCUCAAAGGUUAAAAAGCUCGGUUGCCGGGGGUAUAUAUAUAGCCUUCAAAUCCACCCCACCCCACCCCACCCCACCCCAGAUCUUUGCUUUGCUUGCCUGAAGCAAAAAGCUUUUCGAGAAAAAAAGCCCAUUUGUUCUAAUCCCAUUUUCACCCCCAAAUGCAAAUGUAAAGGCCCUUCCUUUGCUUUUUUCUUUCUGUCUAUUCACCAUCAUAUGUGAAAUUGGAGGGUGCUGGGUGGUUGGGCUAUGAUUGAGCUCAUUCUUGGUAUCUUUUUAAAAAAAAUAAUAAUAAUAAAAAAAUAAAUAAAAUUCACUAAUAAGACACUCCAAAAUUCUACAUGAAGCAGUGAUCUCAAAUUCUUACCCGAAAAUUAGCUUCAAGAGUGGAAGAAGGAAGUAAACCAACUUCAUUUCGACAUUUUCUUGAUUUUUUUUUUCUAUUUAUUGCAACUUCAGUUUUUCACAAUGAGGAAACAUGGGUGGCAGCUUCCCUACCAUCCUCUCCAGGUGGUUGCUGUUGCCGUGUUUCUGGCACUAGGGUUCGCUUUCUAUGUUUUCUUUGCUCCAUUUGUGGGAAGACAAUUGUUUCAAUACAUAUUGAUGGGGAUUUACACUCCUCUUAUUAUAUGUGUCUUCAGCCUGUACAUUUGGUGUGCUGCUGCUGAUCCUGCUGAUCCAGGAGUCUUUAGGUCGAAAAAAUAUCUUAAAAUUCCCGCCAGCAUAAAGCAUGUCAGAUUGAACGAAUCUAAACUUGGUGCAGAAUCAACUUCUUCAAUACAAGAUGCCACUGCAGCCACACCUGGAGAGAGAGUUUUUGAUAAAAGCAAUAAGAUUAUUGAUAAAAGAUCCGAAUGUAUUGAAAAUGAUAAGGAAAAUAUGUCUUCCCAUCAAAUCUCCUGCUUUAUGGCAAUGCUUACUUUGCUACCCUGUGCUUAUGUUUGUAACUCGAAUGAAGAAUCUUCCGAGCUACAAAUGAGCGAAGAUGGCAUGUUCUACUGUAGUUUGUGUGAAGUAGAGGUUUUCAAGUACAGCAAGCAUUGUAGAGUCUGUGACAAGUGUGUUGAUCGGUUUGAUCAUCAUUGCAGGUGGCUCAACAAUUGCAUAGGCAAAAGGAACUACCGAAAAUUCUUUACCCUCAUGGUGUUUGCCCUUCUCCUGCUUAUACUUCAAUGGUCAACUGGAAUCCUUGUACUCGUACGAUGUUUUCUUGAGAGAAAUGAAUUCUCUGUCGACAUCAGCUCCAAGUUGGGAAGCAGUUUCACAGUGGUUCCCUUUGUGAUUGUUGAGGCUGUAUGCACUAUAUUGGCUAUGAUUGCAACCCUGCCGCUUAUUCAACUGUUCUUCUUUCACAUUCUUCUCAUAAAGAAGGGAAUUAGCACAUAUGAUUAUAUUAUAGCUUUAAGGGAACAAGAGCAAUUAGCUGCUGCAGGUCAGCAAAGUCCUCAGAUGUCUCCCCGUAGCUCUCUUACUGGUUUAAGCAGUGCAAGCUCCAUUAACACCUUCCACCGUGCUGCAUGGUGCACUCCACCGCGCCUUUUUGUUGAAGAUCAGUUUGAUGUAGUCCCUCCAGACAAUUUAUCUGUCAGUUCACUAGGGAAAAAGACACUGAUUGAGGAAUCGACAAAGAAAAAGAAUCCCGCAGCUGUAAAGAUCAGUCCAUGGACACUGGCAAGGUUGAAUGCAGAUGAGGUUUCACAGGCUGCUGCAGAGGCAAGAAAGAAGUCGAAAAUUCUGCAGCCCGUAGCAAGACGUGAAGGGACAUAUUCCCUUGAAACUGGAAGUAGUUUUGGCAGUAGCGGACGUCGAAUGACUCCUAGACCUGAUAAUAAUAGAAAACGGGGUAGCAAACGGAUUCGCCUUCCUACUGACAUGCCCUUUGAUCCUCACUUCAAGAUUUCUAGCGAAAAUGCAGAAAACAAUAGAGAUAAUGCGAUUCCCAAAACAUCAACUGGUUUGGUCUCUCUUCAACGUGAAGCUCGAAGUGCUUUCCGAACAAGCAGAGCUAUGCCAAGCUCUGCUCACAUCGUUGGUUCUUCCCCGGAGAGUAGCUUAGAUUCUCCCGAUCUUCACCCUUUCCGUGUCUCCUCAUCAGGAGGCGAAGAAGCACGACAACUUGUUGGGCUGUCAACAGCUGGCAUGGCUUUUCAGAAGGAAAUACCGUUCUCGAGAUCAACUAGUGAUGGAUACGAGGCAUCUGGUGGUGAAGACAGUGACCAAAUAACCUCCAGAUUUGUUCAGAGAUCAACUAACUGGAGUAGCCUUCUUUUCCCUUCUGAGCAGAACAGGACAGUCACAAAACUGACUAUGCCAUCAUCUUCAUCCGCCCUGUCCAAUCACAGGAAAAUUUGAAAAAUAUUUUCAAAACUCAAGAUUUUUUUAAUUUAUUGGCCACUUGAUUUGCCUUGUUCCAUUGCUUUGUUUAUGGCUUUUAGAAUUUUGUAUUUAACUUUUGAUUGGAAAAUGUUGACAAUGCUGUAAAGGGGGGUGUGUGAAAGGUUAAAUUAUUCUGUUUUUGCUGCAUCGUCAAAGGAAUCUUCGUGAAGACAA